CAAAUACAAUUACAACCAGUGAGAUAAAAUGCAAUUUCGGCUAUAUUUUUAAAAGGCUAAAUACUUACCUUCAAAAUGAAAACAGGCUACCAUUUGACUGAGUGAAUUACUGGCUCUUGGUCCAAUAGAGGGUGGAGGAUGUCCAUGUGCAGGUGGUGUCCUAGGCUGAUGGCUGCCGAGGUGCCCACGGGGUGUUCACCGAAUGUUGUUUUUCCCUCCUUUCCCAGCCGACACCCCACCUCCAUGGAAGCAGGAAACAGCACAGAAGUACCCCGGUUCCUUCUCCUGGGCCUCGCAGAGGAUCCGGAACUGCAGCCUGCCCUCUUUGGCCUCUUCCUGUCCAUGUACCUGGUCACCGUCCUGGGGAACCUGCUCAUCAUCCUGGCCGUCGGCUCCGACCCCCACCUACACACCCCCAUGUACUUCUUCCUGUCGCACCUGUCCUUUGUGGACAUCUGCUUCACCUCCACUACCGUCCCCAAGACGCUGGUGAACAUCCAGACACAGAGCAAAGACAUCUCCUAUGUAGGCUGCCUCACGCAGGUGUAUUUCUUUAUGGUUUUUGCUGGUCUAGACGACUUCCUCCUGACCGUGAUGGCCUAUGACCGGUACGUGGCCAUCUGCCACCCCCUGCACUACACGGCCGUCAUGAACCCCCGGCUCUGUGGGCUCCUGGUCCUUGCGUGUUGGUUCACCGUUUUCUGGGUCUCCCUGCUUCAUACUCUACUGAUGCUGCGGCUGACCUUCUGUGCAGGCACUGAGAUCCCGCACUUCUUCUGUGAGCUGGGGCAGGUUCUCACGGCGGCCUGCUCUGACGCCCUCAUCAAUGACAUCGCCUUGUAUGUGGCCACGGCUCUGCUGGGUGUGUUUCCUCUCACCGGAGUCCUGUUCUCUUACUCUCAGAUCAUCUCCUCCAUAGCGAGGAUGGCCUCCACUGAGGGCAGGUGUAAAGCAUUUUCCACCUGUGGGUCUCACCUGUCUGUGGUCUCCUUGUUCUAUGGGACAGGCCUGGGCGUCUACCUCAGCACUGCUGUGACCCAUUCUCCCCAGAGGAGCUUGAUCGCCUCAGUGAUGUACACGGUGGUCACCCCCAUGCUGAACCCCUUCAUCUACAGCAUCCUGAGGAACAAGGACGUGAAGGGGGCCCUGGGAGGGCUCCUCGGCCAGGCAGCCUCUGGUCAGCGCUGGGUCACUGGCCUCAGAACUCAGCAGACACUUUGGGCCCCAGAGGCAAAUGUACAGCUGUAGAUAUCCGGGUUCUUCUCCUCCCUAAGAGACAUGUUACCUCUUCCAUUUCCAGGGCACCUAUGCUUCCUCUUAGGUGUUUUUGUAUUAUCUUCAGCAGCUCCCUCUGUGAAUGGUCCUGUUCUUCCCUGUUUGUCACCUGUGAAGUUCUAUCCUUCCUCAGCUUUUUACAGACCUUUUGGAACCCCGCAACAUAAAACGUCAAGCACCUUCAUCAAGUGUUGACAUGGUUUUCCCCCAGGUCACCCUCUCCAAUGUUUAUAUUAGCCACCUUAAUUUGGUUGUUUUUCCCUGGGAAAAAAAAUGGUAUAAAGAUUAUGCAAUAGGAGGGGUAAGGGAGGGGAAAAAGAAAGGAGCAUUACGAUUAGCAUGUAUAGUGUUGUGGCGG